UAUAAACUUCUAAUAGAUAAACUAAUUGUUAAUUUAUGAUAGAUGUUAAAACAAAAGUCAUUCCACCAAUUGAAUGAGUAUAUGGUAGAUAAAUAUUUUAGAAAAAAGGAUUGGAUUCGUAAGAAAACAUACACUCGCCAUGUCCGUCGACGCCAACCCUUGGGAUCCCAGAAAGAAGAAAACAACGGUGGUGGUGGAGAACGACAUCGAGGGACGGGAACUCGCGGUCCAUUGCAAGUCGAGGGACGACGAUCUACACCUCUGCAGGCUGCAACCGCACCGGUCGUUCGACUGGACGUUCAGGCCGACCUUCUUCGAGACGACCCUCUUCUACUGCUCCUUCGAUUGGGGGGAGGGGGUUCGUUGGUUCGACAUCUACAUUCAGGACAGGGAUUACUAUAUCUGCAAGUACUGUCGCUGGCUCGUGAGGAGGGACGCGGUGUGCCUGACCACUGACUCGAAUCAGGCUUGUUACUACUAUAAGAGAAGGUAGGGCGUUCCGCGUUACGAACCACAUUUUUUGCUGGUACGGUCUUUUUUGAAAGUUGGUCGACAUAAAAGGGACAAGUAGCUAGGGUUCACUAUCGUUGUCUCGUGAUGUGGGAGUAGGUUUUGCGUUUUUCGAUUGAACUCUUGUUUUGUGUUUUGGGUUUUGAUUCUAGGGUAUGGUCAGUGAUCCUAUGUUGGUUGGUUUUCUUGAAUUUUUGUUUAGUAGAGUCUCCGAUGAUGUUAUUUCCUCUAUUAGUACAAAAUAUAAUUUUAUCAAGAAAGCAACACGAGGUCGAUCGUCUUCUUCUUUACUACUCUAUGCAAGAUAAAAUUGGAUUUUGUUC